AUGAAGGUCACUCAUGUGCUGAGAUGCUUGUCCAAAAUACCCAAACCUCCUGUGUUCCUUGAACGCACACACGUGGCUAUCAUAGGCAGUGGACCUGCUGCACACACAGCAGCUGUGUAUGCAGCUCGCGCUGAAUUGAAGCCAGUUCUGUUCGAAGGGUUCUUCGCAGGGGGUGUGGCUCCAG